AUGGCGACCGUCCGGAUCUGCGUCUGCGGCGACGAAGGCACUGGCAAGUCCAGCCUCAUCACCUCGCUGGUGAAGGGUGUCUUUGUCACGAACAAGAUUCAGCCUAUCCUCCCCCAGAUCACCAUCCCGCCCACGAUUGGAACACCCGAAAAUGUCACCACAACCACUGUCGUCGACACCUCGGCCGUGCCGCAGGAGCGGAACAACCUGGCGCGCGAGAUCCGGAAAUCGAAUGUCAUUCUGCUCGUCUACUCCGACCACUACAGCUACGAGCGUGUCGCAUUGUUCUGGCUACCUUACUUCCGGUCGCUUGGAGUUAAUGUGCCGGUCGUGCUGUGCGCGAACAAGUCGGACCUGGCGGCGGAGCAUAGCGAGGCACAGGUCAUAGAGGAGGAGAUGCUACCCUUGAUGUCAGAGUUUAAGGAGAUUGACUCGUGCAUUCGAACAAGUGCUCGUGAGCACAGGAAUGUCAAUGAGGCUUUCUUCGUCUGUCAAAAGGCCGUCACCCACCCAAUCGCGCCCCUGUUCGAUUCCAAGGAGGCUGCUCUGAAGCCCGCGGCUGUUUCUGCGCUACAGCGUAUUUUCUAUCUCAGCGACAAAGACCGCGAUGGAUAUUUGUCGGAUAAAGAGAUCGGAGAUUUUCAGACACGGUGCUUUGGAAAGCCACUAAGUGACGAGGACCUGGCCCACAUCAAGGACACUAUUCAGAAGGGCUAUCCGGAGUCCGUUACUGAGUCUGGAAUCGACUGCCAGGGAUUCAUCCAUUUGAAUAAGCUUUACGCGGAAAAGGGUCGCCAUGAGACGGUAUGGAUUAUCUUGCGCGCAUUCCAAUAUACCGAUAAUCUCUCGUUGCAAGAGAACUUCCUCCACCCUCGAUUCGAAGUCCCGCCUUUCGCCUCGGCCGAGCUCUCCCCUGAAGGAUAUCGCUUCUUCGUGAAUUUGUUCCUACUGUCCGAUAAAGAUAACGAUGGUGGAUUGAACAAUGCAGAACUGGAGUCCUUAUUUGCUCCUACCCCGGGUCUUCCCGCGUCAUGGGCCGAUGGUUCAUUCCCGUCCUCGACAGUUCGCAACGAAGCAGGCCACGUCACUCUUCAGGGAUGGCUGGCCCAAUGGAGUAUGACGACUUUCAUGUCCCCGAAAACGACUCUCGAGUAUCUGGCAUACCUGGGCUUCGAGUCUUCCGACCGCAGCAAUACGUCUACUACCGCUGCAUUGAAGGUAACGAGACCUCGCAAGCGUCGGCGGCGUCCCGGGCGGAUUGGACGAAAUGUGGUUCAAUGUCAUGUUCUUGGAGCGCCCGGCUCUGGAAAGUCGGCUUUACUCGAUGCUCUCCUCUCGCGAGGAUUCAGCACGACAUACCAUCCCACCAUCCAGCCUCGUACAGCCGUGAACACAGUUGAACUUCCCGGCGGAAAGCAGUGCUACCUGAUCAUGGAUGAACUAGGUGAAUUGGAGCCUGCUAUUCUUGAAAACCAAGCGAAACUCCUAGAUCAGUGCGACGUCAUUGCCUACACCUACGAUUCCUCCGAUCCGGACUCCUUUGCAUAUAUUCCAGCUCUACGGGCCAAAUAUCCCCAUUUGGAAGAGUUACCCAGCGUUUUCAUCGCACUCAAGGCGGAUUUGGACCGCACGACUCAGCGGGCCGAGUACCAGCCCCACGAGUACACAGCCAUGCUGAACAUCCCCAGCCCACCCCUCCAUGUCAGUGUCACUUGGACAUCCAUCCAGGAAGUGUUUGUGCAUAUUGCAGAAGCCGCGAUGGAGCCCAGCACUGCGUUCCCUCGUAGCGAAGAAGACGUUGAGGGGAAAUGGAUGGCGUGGGGUAUCGCGUUUGGGGCAGUAGUCUGCGCGGGGGCCGCAGCGGUAAUGAUUUGGCGACGAGUCAGUGGUAGCGGGCCAUAA